GACGAGCUGUACCAGAGGACGCACAUCACCGUGCUGCAGCGCGAGGCCCCGCACGCCGCCUACAUCGACAGCUACAGCCCCCGCGGCUUCGUGGUCAACGGGAACCGCGUGUUCGGGCCCUGCGCGCUGCUCCCGCACUCGGUGCUGCAGUGGAACGUCGGAUCCCACGUGGACAUCACGGAAGAAAGCCUCUCUCUCUUCUGGAUGUUGGAGCCCCCGAUAGAGAUUGUGGUGGUGGGCACUGGAGACCGCGCCGAGAGGCUGCCGCCGCGGGUGCUGCGCGCCAUGAGGCAGCGGGGCAUCGCCGUGGAGGUGCAGGACACGCCCAAUGCUUGUGCCACUUUCAACUUCCUGUGUCAUGAAGGCCGAGUGACAGGAGCUGCUCUCAUCCCCCCACCUGGCGGGACUGUGCUCGCACCUCUGGCCCACGAUGCCGAGUGAAGCUCCAGGGAGCCCCCUGACCUUCCCAGUGGCGCCUGGCACCCGGAGCGCAGAGCCCCUCCCUACAGCCUGUGACGCAUGUCUGCUUACCCCAAUUAAUAACUUAAUCCACUUGUG